ACAAAGAAAGAAGACUAUCGUUAGCGUUGUUAGCAUUGGCGCUUGGCUAAUCUGCGAUUGGCGCCAACAGAAAAAUAUCAGUAUAUCAACAUUUGGUGUAUUGGAUUGCAAUAACACCAAUCUGAUUUCAUUCAAGGGAAUAAACUACAGAUAAUCGCGUUAAAACAGUGUUCAGGUCAGGAAUACUCAUGAGUUGUACUAUCUGAAGACCCAACGUGAACAGGGGAAGAUGGAGCAACAGGAAAAUGGGCUGAAGCGUCGGCUACGCCUGUGCGUGGCCACCUGUAACAGAGCUGAUUACUCCAAACUCGCCCCCAUCAUGUUCGGCAUCAAGUCUCACUCAGAUAUCUUUGACCUGGAGGUGGUGGUGCUGGGUUCACAUCUGAUUGAUGAUUACGGAAACACCUUCCGUAUGAUUGAACAGGAUGAGUUCGAUAUUGGCUCCAAGUUGCACACUAUAGUUCGUGGUGAGGAUGAGGCCGCCAUGGUGGAGUCGGUCGGUCUUGCUCUCGUAAAGCUUCCAGACGUCCUCCAGCGUCUCGCCCCUGACGUUCUGCUCAUUCAUGGUGACCGUUUUGAUGCACUGGCCUUGGCGACGGCAGCGGCUCUAAUGAACAUUCGCAUUUUGCACCUGGAAGGUGGAGAAGUGAGUGGAACCAUUGAUGACUCCAUUCGUCACGCCAUCUCCAAACUUGCACACUACCACGCUGUUUGCACGCGCUCGGCUGAGAGAAACCUCAUUUCCAUGUGCGAAGACCAUUCUCGAAUCUUAUUGGCUGGCUGCCCAUCAUACGACAAGCUGCUAACUGCCCACCAACGAGAUGAUUACACUGAUGUCCUCAAGUCCUGGCUUGGAGAUCACAUAAAGGAGCAGGAUUAUAUCGUAGCCCUGCAGCAUCCUGUAACCACAGACAUCAAGAAUUCCAUUAAGAUCUAUGAGUUAAUGCUGGACGCUCUCAUCUCCUUCAACAAGAGAACUCUCAUACUUUUCCCCAAUAUAGAUGCAGGCAGUAAAGAGCUGGUUCGUGUGAUGAGGAGAAAGGGAAUCGAACAGCACCCGAACUUCCGUGCAGUGAAGCAUGUUCCAUUCGAUCAGUUCAUCCAGUUGGUGGCCCAUGCUGGCUGUAUGAUCGGGAACAGCAGUUGUGGAGUUCGGGAGGCCGGAGCAUUCGGUACACCUGUCAUUAACCUGGGUUCUCGCCAGACAGGCCGAGAGACUGGGGAAAAUGUUCUACAUGUGCGAGACGCAGACACGCAUAAUAAAAUCUACCAUGCCCUGAAGCUGCAGUUUGGAAAACGUUACCCCUGCUCGAAGAUCUACGGAGAUGGAAAUGCGGUUCAACGCAUCUUAAAGUUCCUGCAAUCGAUUGACCUAUCUGAGCCACUUCAGAAGAAGUUCUGUUUCCCGCCAGUGAAGGAGUGCAUAUCUCAAGAUAUUGACCACAUUCUGGAGACCCAGAGUGCUCUUGCUGUAGACUUGGGGGGGACCAACCUGCGUGUGGCCAUCAUCAGUAUGAAGGGUAAACUGGUUAAGAAGUAUAUUCAGCUGAAUCCUAAGACCUUUGAAGAGAGGAUUGAGCUGAUACUGACCAUGUGCAAACAGGCCAUGGCUGAUGCUGUUCUCCUCAACUGUAGAAUAUUGGGUGUUGGUGUGAGCACAGGGGGCCGUGUAAAUCCUCAAGACGGGGUUGUCCUCCACUCCACAAAUCUUAUAAACGAGUGGAGUUCAGUGGAUAUCCGCACGCCCCUCUCCAGCGCCCUCCAUCUGCCCGUCUGGGUUGACAAUGACGGGAACUGCGCCGCGCUCGCUGAGAGAAAGUUUGGCCACGGAAAAGGCGUGGAGAACUUUGUCACUAUUAUCACUGGAACCGGAAUUGGAGGUGGUAUAAUCCAGCAUAAUGAACUGAUCCAUGGCAGCACAUUUUGUGCAGCAGAACUGGGACACAUCGUGGUCUCUCUGGAAGGACCAGAAUGCACGUGUGGCAGCCACGGCUGCAUAGAGGCCUACUCAUCAGGCCUUGCCCUGCAGAGAGAAGCCAAGAGACUGCAUGACGAUGACUUGCUGGUGGUGGAGGGAAUGACUCUGAAUAACAAAGAACAGGUGAACGCUAUUCAUCUUAUCAGCGCUGCUCGCCACGGCAACUCCAAAGCCGAGAGUGUACUUAAAACAGCUGGCACUGCUCUGGGUUUGGGCAUUGUGAACAUCCUGCACAUGGUUAACCCAUCUCUGGUGGUCUUGUCUGGUGUUUUGGCGGGUCAUUAUGAGAAUCCAGUCCGUCAGGUCAUCAGGCAGCAUGCUCUCCUAUCGGCACAGGAGACUAAGGUCAUGGUGUCUGAGCUUGAAGAUCCUGCCCUGCUGGGUGCUGCCAGUAUGGUUCUGGACUACACCACCCGCCGCACCUACUGAGAGAGAGCCCGAAAACCAGGAACCAAUCACUUACAGACUUUGGGACAGAGGGCCAAUUUUAUAUGUUAAGCCGAUAGUGGCUUUUUAAAGCUGACCAUGAAACAUUUUAGUGUGCUUUUAUGUGAGCGCACACAUUGUUUUCUUCUGCUGUCACAAGCAGUAUCUAAUGUAAGGUGUUUAACUAAGAUUAAUCAAAAUAUAUAUAUUUAAUGUUUGUAUGUACAGUGGAAAUAAGGGUACUUAAUAAAUGGUGGAUGAUAUGGUUUUAUCGCCCUCUUACUCUCUUUCUUAGCACCUUAAGCUGAUCUGUUGACAAGUCUUAUUUUUGAACAACACAUUUUUAAAUUGUUUACAUAAUCCAGUCCGUACGAAUGAGCGAAUUAAUGGGGGGGGGGGGGCCUUUAUAUUUAAUUGUAAAAAUAAUGCAUCAUUAAAACCUAUGAGUGUAAAUGUCUUUAUAUUGCAAGUGAAUUGCUUUAAUUUAUAACUGGACUGCAUACAUGCUUCUAGAGUCCCUCACUACAUAUCUAAUCUUUAUUUUUGAUAACCAAUGAGGGACUUUAGGAUAACUGCAUUCACAGUAUUUGCCAUAAUAGUGUAUAAAAACUUGUGUAUGAGUUUAUGUAUAUCAUAAAUACUGUCCUUUAUUUUGUUUAAGCUUUACUUGUACAAAUGUACCCUGAGAAAUCAGUGGUUUCAGAUUUAUUAAUAAUAACACCGUUUUUUGUUCUAUGUUAUGCAUUAUUGUUGCAGUUUAGUUUUUUCCCCCUACAAUUUUCUUUUAGGAUUUUUACCUUUCUGUUCCCCCUCUUAAAUGAUUCUCCUUGAAUAAAAUCAUUUGGAUACCGCA